UGCGCCCUGUCUGCCAGCCUUGACUCCACCCUGCGCCUGCUGGACAAGGAGACGGGGGAGCUGCUGGGCGAGUACACGGGCCACUGCAGCACAGCAUACCGGCUGGACUGCGUGCUAAGCGAGCAGGACACUCACGUCGGCAGCGCCUCCGAGGACGGCAACGUCUACUUCUGGGACCUGGUGGAGGGCUCACUGGCCGUCAGCCUGGCCGUGGGCCAUGGCGUGGUGCAGUCGCUCACCUUCCACCCCACCCUGCCCUGCCUGCUCGCCGCCACCCAGGGCCAGGUCCAGCUCUGGCGUGAGGAGACCUUCCAGCCCGAGGCGGGGGACACCGCUGCCGCCAUGUGA